AUGAAGUACGGUCUCUCCGAAGAAGUUAUCGCCUUGCUGCCAUCAGCUUCUCAAGUCAAAAACAGAGCACACCGACUGCGGAGACGGGGGGAUUUCGACAUUACCACCUACGCUGAUGUCAUGGUUUGGGCGACGCCAAGACUCUGCACAACCCCAGCAGCAUUUUUUGUUUCAAAUGAGCUCAUAGUGCUGUACUGCUUCACCGACACAAUCGACAGUGGUGACACCUCGGUCGGAAUCAUCUUCACUUCGCGAGGGCUUUUUCGAACAGCUCCCCGAACAGUGGCAGGUCAAAAUGACGAGAUGCUCGGGGUCACAGAUGGAACAUACAAGCUUCACUUCGGUGGUAGGACGCUUGUGUCUUUUGGCACAUUUGGACUUCGUUACACCGCUUUGCACGCGUAUCAACAGAAGUUUUACCCGAUGGCAUUCAUGUUCGUCAGGACGAAUUAG